UCAAAUCUUAUCAGAUCAUGGCAGAUGAUGACGCAGAAACGUACAAACUGUGGAGGGUAAGGAAGACAUUGAUGCACCUUUGUCACGACAGAGGCUAUCUUGUCACUCAAGAUGAACUGGACUUCACUUUAGACCAGUUUAAAGAACAAUUCGGUGACAGACCGAGUGAAGGAAAACCAUCAAGGAGUAGUUUAUCUAUAUUGGUUGCUCACAAUGACGACCCUACUGAUCAGAUGUUUGUCUUUUUUCCUGAUGAUGAAAAAGUAGGGGUUAAAACUGUCAAAGCUUAUUUUACGAAGAUGCAGCAAGAAAAUAUAAUGAGAUCGAUAAUAGUUGUGCGAGGUGGUAUGACACCAUCUGCCAAAGGUGGGAUUGUAGACAUGGCCCCUAAGUACAUCAUGGAGAUGUUUCUUGAAACAGAGCUUCUUAUUAACAUUACAGAGCAUUCUCUUGUGCCAGAACAUAGUGUGAUGACUGACGACGAGAAGAAAGAGCUAAUGCAGAGAUAUAGGCUGAAGGAAGCACAGUUGCCACGUAUUCAAACAUCAGAUCCUGAGGGGUAA